UCCACAGAGAAAAUACUAUUACGUCACGGAAACCUCAGCAAGAUACCGCCACUGGCUUUUCAGAACUUCCCCAGGCUUCAUUUACUCUCCGUAACUGGAUUUCUGUUCUCUUCACUUCCAAACCUGACCUUUGUUGCAAAGGACGUCAGCAGCCUGAGGAGUUUGGAUCUCAGCAGUAACUGCCUGCUGAGCUGUGGGAUUGAGCCUUUGGCUUUCUCUGGCCUGGGAAUCCUCGAGGAGUUGAUUCUUACAAACAAUGCCCUGGAUAUGCUGAAAAGUUCUUGGUUCUUAGAGUUGACCCUGCUCACCAAACUCCUCCUUUCUGACAACAAAAUUACAUAUCUUCCUCCAAGGACUUUUGAGAGUUUGGCUAAGCUGAAUGAACUCAUUGUGUCUUCCAAUUUCAUUCAAUAUCUUUCAAUGGACACAUUUUAUGGGCUAGCAUCAUUGACCAAACUGGACUUAUCAAGCAAUGAAAUCCUGUUUAUUAAUAAUGAUGUUUUCCAGCCUUUGCAGGCCCUGACGCAUCUGUGGUUGUUUAAGAAUAAGCUGACUGCACUGGCCAGCGUUCCAGAUUCUCUUACCUCCUUGUCUCUUAAUGAAAAUCCUUGGAUCUGCGACUGUCAUCUGGUGAGCUCAAUGCAGUUAAUGAAGGACAAAGUUCAGACACCCAGUGGCCUGGUUUGCAAUAGUCCGCCAAGCCUGAGAGGACGCCAUAUGUUGAGUGUUGGGCCUGAAGUCUGUGCUUAUCCAACUCAUGCAGGAAAUCUACCACAGGAAAGCACUUCAAAAUUGAACUCGCUGUAUGGCUUCACAGGAGGACUUUUCUUCAGUUUCAUCAUGUGCCUGAUUGUCUAUUUCGUCACAAAACACUGGAAAUAUAGCAGAGUUACUAAUCAGGCAGAGGAUGGACACAUCUUACAGAAGGACUCUGUGGAAGAGUUCCCCAGGAGCAUGACCGAUGCCCCUUCAGUAUCCCCACUUCCCCAUAACUGUGUGAUAAAAGCAAAUAGGACAAGAGGCUUUCAGGAGGAAAGUGAAGCAGACACAAUAGAAAAAGCACUGUAUGACCAUUUGAAGAACACGUCCCAAUCCAGCAGAGAACAUUCAGAAACAAGCUCCCCAGUGAAGAUGCCUGGAGUGGCCCUGCUGCCGGCUCACAGUCCCACAGGUAAAAAGAUCAUGGCGAUCUGUAAAGAUGGAAUGGAAAUGGGAAGAUUAACUGAACGUCCAGACCAAGCCACAAGCCCAGCAUUCCAGCAAGCGGGCAACACAAAUGUGGAGAGAGCAGCUGAUAUCCCCAGAUGUGUCAGUGCACCUGGCUUACUUCCUGAUGUGGAGAAACAACCUUCUCCAAAAAGGGACCCUGGUUUGCAUUGCUCAUCGCUGAGCCAUGAAAAAACAAUCCCGAUGAGGGAGUGGAUGGAGAAUGGGGAACCUGCCUUGAUGAAAUAUUUGGAAACCCAGUGGGAAGAGCAGGCUUUGAGUCCCAUUACCUGGUUUUCUGGUUCUCUGUGUUCCUGGACUUUGGUAAAUGUAGUUUCUCCAGCAGGAAGUGCUACACAUAUACAAACAAGCAGAGACAGAAUUCACACCACCUCUAACAAGAGGAGUAAAUCCUGGAGCCCCUUUCACUUCAAUGUCUCCAGUCAUUUAACAGAGGCUCAUGGAGACAGUGUAUCUAGAACAAAUGCUGAGAAUGGAUUUGAGGCCAACUUGCAUUCAAGAAGAGAUAAAGACUGCGAGACUUUGUGUCAAGAACAUUUUAUAAAGAGUGAGUCCACAGACACUAUUGAGGGCAGAUUCAAAGAUCAAGGAAUGAAAGAACCAGACUUGCAGAAAGACAUCUAUCUUAAGAACUGUUGCAUUGCACAAAGUGAAAGCAACAAUCAGAGAGAGACUACGAACACAAAGGAUGUCUACCUCACUCCAGAACAUGAAGCACCAGCCAACUCUCCACUUUCAGAUUUAGCCAGCCCUAGAGAACAUGCUGAUGCCAGUAACCCAGAUAAUAAAGGCAUCAAGCCUGCAGCGGAGAGAAAAUUAAUUAGCCCCUUUCCAGGAAAAGAAGGUAUCCAUCCCCCGUCUUUCUGUAACAACGAUAGAUUGAGAGAAGAGAGGCCCAGCUGUAGAACACCCAGGAGUGAGAAACUCGACAAAGAAUCUUCCUUAAAGAAUAAUAACUUAACAAAAGAGAGAUUUUGGAAAUACCAUACAAAUUGCUGCAAUGAAUACCAGCCCUGCCCAAUUGCUCAGAAAGUAUUAAAGGAGCUGAAGACUGCACUUCUGACUUCGAGAGAGCAAUUAGAUCUGUCCACGCAGGCUCCCCCCUCUGACAUGGAUCUUCUGAAAGAACAAGAAGUGACCACAACUUUCCUUGCCCAGUGUAUAAACAGUGAGGAGCCACUAACAAACAAAUGGGAAAAGGGAAAGUAUAGCACUUUGCCAGAUGUACAAGCUUCCUUUGCUCCUGAUGGAAUUUGCCAUCAAGAGUUGCCUGGAGACGACAGUAAAAUUUCUUGUGGACUUCCUCAGACAAUAACUCUGCAGCUAGGCCAACAAACCAGUAUGGCUCACCAAGAAACUGAUGCUGAAUGGCAGUCUCUAAGUAAGACAUUUGUUGAACCCAUCAAUGAAUUUCAAGAGAGCACUGAGAAAUGCAUUGUAAAAGAUCAGAGCAGGAUGGUGGAUAGUUUGGAGCAACUGCCGUUAGGAAAUGCCUCUGCUAGUACCAAUCAUCUCCCGUCCAGAAGAUGCGAGAAUGCACAUAAUGAACAUGUUGCUCAGGACUGGAAGUCUUUUGAUGCAGAAACCGAUUCUGAUGCACUGACACACACGCAUAAUACCAUUAAUGAACAUUUUGCAGGAGGUGAAGAAGGUUGUGUUCCUACAUCUCCAAGUAUUUUACGCAGAGAACUCUGCAAUGUUAAAUCUCUACAACUCAGUGCUAUGGCAUCUGUCUAUACUUGCUUCCCUCUCAGUGCAGAUGAAAGCACCCUGGAUCGUGGCUCUCUAACUUCCAGUCCGAGUAUUAGUAAAGUUUCUUUAUUGGACAUUCACGAAGUUGAACGUAAAAGUGUAGCAGACAGGAAGUCCAACCAUUAUUUGUCAAAUGAGAUUAUUUCGGUGCAGAAAAUGCAAAUUUCUCCCAGUGAAGAGAAAAGUGUAGACAGAUUGAGAGGUGAAAGUGCUGAUGCUGAAUUCAUGCUUAAUGAGAAGGAGGGAGCUCAGUUUAAUAUUGAUGAGGAGAAAACAAAGGAAUUUCAAUCUGACUGUACUGAGCACAAUUCAUACGAGUUAGUGAACAUUGUUAGCUCAAAUGACACAGACCACCAAAAGAAUAUUAGGGAGCUGUUAGCCCCUAGUGACAUUUUGAGGAUUGAAAAUAAUACUUGGCAUAAUACAGACAACAAUCCUUAUAGAAACUGCUUGGAAAAUGCCUGCAGUUCUAUAGCAGCUGAUCGUAAUGAAUGUGACGAUGUUGGAUGCAAAAAGGAAACUGGCCAUGAAUAUCUAUACCAACCUGCUGCAUCAAAAGGGUGCAGAUCCUCUACAAAUCCUUCUCUUACUGUUUAUGAAAGUCAAGCAGAAGAAAUCAGUGUUGCAGGCUAUGAUGGUACUGUUUCUCACUCAGGCCAUGCCUCUAGGAAUACAGGAAUUCAGCAAUUUGCUUGUAAUAAAAAGGACAAGUCUCAGCUCCAAAAUAUACAGGUAAAUCCAAAAACGGAGAAUGAACCAGAUAUGAAAUAUUCUGACUCUAAAUACCACAUGUUAGUGGCUCGCAACACAGAUGCCAGGCUUCGUGUGGCAGGAGACAACCCCUCUAUCAGUCCAUAUUUAGAAAGUGGACAACCCCUGGAGAUUGGACUACAUUCGGGGACCAUUUGUCUGCCAGAGCAGUCUCACAGGUGUCUUCUGCCACAAGAUUCUGCGCUUUCUGACCCCCGGAAGAAGGAAUUAGAGCAAAACUGGAGUGAAAGUCUAUCAGCAAAACCACUUAAGAAAACGUAUUGUUCUGUUUUCAGACUACCUACUGAAGGCUCAUCUUUUGGGAGGCUUUGCCAGAAUGUAGACUGCACCAUUGAGCCUCCUCAUCUGAGCAAGGGAACAUCCCCCACUACCCCACUGACACCAAAUCUAUGUUUAUUGGAACAAGAAACUGAAAUACAUGCAAAUGGAGAGUCUUCAGCAUUCAACCCUCAACUGAUGGAUAAAGCCACGUAUUUAAGUUGCCUUUAUAAUCCAAAGACACCAAGGAAACAAGCAAAUGAACUAAGUGUACUUUCUAAUCUCCGCUAUUGUAAAAUUUCAGCACAAGUAUCUUUUGGUGUGGAGGGGGAGGGAGGGAGGUCAGUGUUGCACAAAAAAAAAGAAAAUGAUCCAGACCAAUUAAUGAGUGACCAUCAGUAUAAACCUCCAGCUAAAAAAGUAGUCACCACAGAUAGUGACUGAUGUAAGUAUACUACCUGAUUUGAGGCACUAGACUUCGGUAGAGCUUUGCACAGCUAAAAUGUAAUCAACUUGUAAAAUGAAUGGGUUUGUGUAUGUAAAUGAGGACAGUCAAAGAUGACUCAAAAAUACCACUACUAUAUUGUGCUGUAGAGAUACACGGAAUGCUUUUCUAUACACAGUGAUCUUGUACAUCACUCUGGCCCUGUGUUUUCAGUCUGUUGUCUUUCAUUCAGAAAUGUAAUUUCAAGAUACCCGUGUAUGUAAUUUUUGAUCUUGAACUAAUCAGAAUUGUUAAACAUCCCAUGAAAAAUAUUUAGUAGCAUGCAAGUUUAGGCCUUACAUUUGAUGUGCUUAGUGUAAUGCUGUACCUCAGCCAGGUGCAACCUGUUCAUAGAUGUUUUGGAAUUAACAAAACUUACCUGCUUUAAAGAAGGAAAGGGAAAUGCUGAAAGAUGAUGGGGUGUUUUUCUUCAUUUUUAAACAUUUUUGGAAGCCUGUGAUUGUAAAUGUUUCCACCUAGUUUCUUCCUUCUCUUCCAUUGUAGGUAGACAAUGCUUUGAAUGUUCUGGGAGAUGGACUUUUCCCUUGGUUUUGAACAAUGAGUGGUUUCUUUGGGUGACAGACUUUACAUACUAUAUAUAGGGGAAAAUAUAGGGCAAAUUGGGUUGGACCAUCUAACAUUGAUGGUGCAAUGAAGCAUCUCUUUAUCAAAUGACGGGUAAAAUCUUUUUUCUGCAAAUAAGGAUAAGAUAUUGCCCUUUAUAUCCUUACUUUAAGGAUUUUAAUCAUGUUGGUAUAGCUCUGUGGUUUGAGCACUGGCCUGCUAAACCCAGGUUUGUGAGCUCAGUCCUUGAGGGGGCCAUUUAGGGAAUGGGGGUUUUAAAAAAAACAACAACAAACUGUCUGGGGAUUUGUCCUGUUUUGAGCAGGGGAUUGGAUUAGAUGAUCGCCUGAGGUCCCUUCCAACCCUGAUAGUCUAUGAUUUGGGCUGACAUUUGACUGGAACACAACAUUCAUACAAAACAUCAUUAUGUUAAGGGAGGGAGUUUUGAAAAGAUUUGAAUUUUUAAAAGAAAAUCACAAAACAUAUCUCACAAUUUCAGAGUGCUGCAAAAUGGGUUUGGUAGCCUAUCUGAGCGUUGGGAUUUUUGGAAGGAGAUUUCCAAUUGACUUCAACAUUACAGCUCACUUCCCCUUUCUAACCUCUUCAAAAACAUUUACAAAAGUGUAUGCUGUUGCUGCAUGCAGCUGUUUUAUUUUAACUUUAUUUUUUACAUACCAGUGUGAAGCAUCUUCACAUAUUUUUUUUUGUACAAAUAUAUCUUCAGUUGGCUGUCUACAGUGUAUUUCAAAACAUUUCACAAAAGAGGGUCCCGUAUAUGGAAAAACCUGGAAUUGUAAUAUGGAAUUGCUUAAAAAAAAAAAAAAAAAUGCAUGCACUUGCUGACCUGGAGGAGUGUAAAUUCCCUUCUGGGAAAUGUAGAUGUGACAAUUUUUUCAUACAUAUUUUUCACACUUAAGAGUCAAAAGCAGUUUUUAAUAGGAAGUACAUAUGCUCUGUACAAUUUUUUGGCUAUUCAGAUUUCCCUUUCAAUAUUGAUCUACAAAUGUCCAUAUUUGCAGUAUAAAACAGUAAAUGGACAUAGACCAUGCAAGGAAUUAAUUUGUCAGUAAAUCUGUAAAUAUCAUUGCCAUCUCUUAUUUUGCUUAUUUCUGCAUUUUCCCUAGGCUCACUCGUUUGUUAAGCACAAACAUACUCUUCAGAAAGUAUGUGUGGUGGUGAUUUGCUAGAGAUUAGCCAAGCUAGUUCAAUCAACUUCAGAGACUCUUUCCAUCUCACUCAGUAACUUUUGGACAACUGAUGGGUAACCAAAAGUGCACAAAACUCAUAUCCUGCAGCAUGUCUGGCAAUAUUUUAGAUACCUGUGGUUACCACAGCAGUGAUGCUGUCCCCAGAAGUGCCUGCCUUCUGGAACUCAUGGCAUGUAGUGUUGAGAGCUCCAGUCUGUACCAUCUGACUCUUUUCUAUUAUUUUUUCUGAAAUAUCAAGUAACUAGACCUGCCCUACUCAGGCAAUUAUUCCUUAUCACUCCUGGCACAUUUCUUAGACCUGAGCUGUUGAGGAAAAGAAAAUUAACAAACUGUUCUUCUGAAGAUAUUUGUACUUUCCUAAAGACUGACUCUAUUACAGCCUUCAUUAUAGAGUAAGAAAAUUCAUAGCUGCUUUCUAUAUACAUAGGUUACUUAAUUCCUCAUUAAUCAUGCAGGCACCUUGCCUGUUGUAUAGUAUUUUAAAGAGAUGGCCUUUAUGUAAAAUUAUGCCUAUGGCUGCCAACAACAGAGAUCAGUACUGUACUUAUUGGUGGCUGGAUAAGCUAUUUUUUCUUUCUUGAAUACUUAGUUUUAUGUCUUCUAAAUAAGAACAAAAAUGAAAAUAAACAUCUGAAGCAAUUCUAUGUAACUGUGUUGUUUCAUGCCUCAGACGUUGGUUUGUGGCCAAGACCAUUGUCAGUAGGUAUGUCAGUUUUAUAUUUACUGUAUCCCAUAGACCAUACUGCUGUUUCUUGCUUUCUGAACAACUGAAAAGCAUUUGGAGCAUUAAAACUACAUAUAAAGGUGGGACUUUGCCCAUGAUCCCCUUCUAAAACAGCCUUUUAUAAGUGGACACAGUUUUCCCUUUGAUGCCUUCACGUUUUCAGGAGCAUUACAAAAAUAAAAUAUUUCCUUUUUACAUUAGUCUUGUAACCAGUUCUAAAGAAAUAGAAAAUUAAACAUUUGAUCUUAGAAUUUCAUCAGCUGUAGCUAAAUAUCUACAAGUGAUUCUUUUUACAUCUCAUUAGAUCUACCAUAAAUUUACACCAUAGAAAUUUCUAAGAUUUUAAUUUGUAAAAGCAUCAUUCUUUUUUAAAUUACAUGGAUCUAUUAAACAAAGUGAAGCAUUGUCAAAGUACCACAGAACACUGGUAAGGUUUUUGGUAUUGUAAUAAAUCAUGCAUAUUCUAUGUGUUGCUUUGGGUGUUUGCUUAUGUUAACCAUUAUUAUGUAGUAUACUAUAUUUAUAAUUUUUGCCAACCUAACUUACUGUUCUGCUACUCAGCUGAGUUAGACUUAACAAUUUGCCUUUUAGCACCCUUCAAAUGUGAUCUUUGAUUUGGACGCGAUCACUCAAACAAAUACAGUACAUCUUUUUUCAGUGUGCGUCAUGAAUUCCUGUGCAAUUAAUUGAUCGUUCAUUCUGAAAACGUGCAGUAUAAUAAACCCUUUGACAGCACACCCACAAACUUGCAUGCAGCAGUAAAUAACCCCUAGUACUAAGCGCCUGAUCUGUGAUCGCUGUUUGGCACUUCCAACUAGAUUUUAACAUUAAAAACAUGCAUGGCUGCAGGAAGUGCACUUUGUUGCACUGUCCACACAUAAACUAUAUAUUACUUCUCUCUACUUAUAGAAUCAUUUCCUAUUUACACACCUCAUCAGCCCAGGGAGCCAGUCAAAUGAAAAGGAGUGUUCAUCUUGCUCGUACUAUAAGCAGAAAAUAUGCAAGUAGUAUGCCUAGGCUUGGAAGAAUUUGAUUUUUAUCAGUAAAUGUCAGUAAACAUCAAUUUCACAGACAAACAAAUAUUUGCAUUGGUGGUAACAAAUUUACAGAUAGGCAAAAUAAGAAAAGUGCUGCUUGAGAACUUACUAGAGUUUGAUUUUAGGUAUAGUUACUUUAUAUAACGUGAUGUGAUAUAAAUAACUUACAUUUUAAGAGCAGCAAUGUUUUAACUUUUUGAAUCUGAAUGUUUACUGUCAGUAAAUGAUUGUCUGCUCCCUUAGUUUCCUGCAAAUGUGAACAUUUAAAUCAGUGAAAAGUUUAAACAGUGCUUAAAAACAAACUCAUAUUUUCCAUCAAAAUUAUAUUUAAAAAACUCAAAUUCUGCCAAGCCUAAAAACACACAGCAAGGCAUACCAAGUCAAGAGUAUAUAGAGUUGAUCUGUAACUUCUUUUACAAAUGGAUAUUUCUGUGUCUAGUUAUGGCUUUGUUUUACUAUAACCUGAGUGAAAAAUAGGGAUGGGGAACCCUCCAGAAGUUUGUAAUUUAGACUUGGUUUAACAUAUUCACAGUUUGAGGAUUAUCAAAACUAUCUGAAUCUCUUGAGUCUGCAGAGUGACACACAAAUCUGAAGAGAACAGGUGUGCUUCUGAGACUUCUGUUACUUCCUCUCAGAUAUCCUGCAAGAAUAAUCUUUUCUCAUGAUACUUUGACACUUCUCAUCCCAGCGAGAAAUAAAUAAGAAGAAGAAAAACCUUUGUUACCCAAAUAUUUUAAAACUUCAAAAAUGGUUCUGUUUGAGUCUGGGUCUACAAAUGGCUGAAGGUUCAGGGGAAAGCUUAAUGCUGCUUCCUUUACCUGCUGUAAAUCCUACAGAUUUUUCCUACUAACACUGAAAAUUAAGUAUUUUCGCCAUUGAAAACAACUAGUGUACCUAUGGGCGCAUAUCUAGAUACUCCAAUGAAUGUAAACCCCUUAACUGCCCAACAUUAUCCACAUUGUAUGUUACUUGUAGGCUUAUUUUUCUCAAAGACACACAACAUUGUACUGAAGGAACUCCAACCAGGAGAUGGUGAUCAUUACUUUCCUCACUGUGUCUGGGGAACACAAGGCUUGCACCAUUUUAAACCAGGGGAAGGCAACCUAUGGCACGAGUGCCGAAGGCAGCACACGAGCUGAUUUUCAGUGGCAGUCACGCUCCCGGGUCAUGGCCACCAGUCUGGGGUGGCUCUGCAUUUUCAUUCAAUUUUAAAUGAAGCUUCUUAAACAUGUUUAAAACCGUAUUUACUUUACAUACAACAAUAGUUUAGUUAUAUAAUAUAGACUUAUAGAAAGAGACCUACAAAUGUUAAAAUGUAUUACUGGCAUGCGAAACCUUAAAUUAGCGUGAAUAAAUGAAGACUCGGCACACCACUUCUGAAAGGUUGCCGACCCCUGUAUUAAACAUUGCUGUGUGAUUUCCAUACACAAGUCUGUCUCAUUCCAAUUAUGAUACGACAAUUUAAUUGAAUUAGGAAACUGUAUUAAAAGCUUUUUUGAUUGGCAGCACCAACUACACAGAACCUAGUCCAGGUUUUAAAGUCUUCCUACAUGAUGCCUAUUGAUCUGCCUCUUUCUUUUCUCUUAUAUUUUAAGCCUCAACGAUCUUUGUGAAGGUGGGAAGAUUUCAUUUUAAGAAGGAAGGGCUUAAAAACACACUUAAGUGCAUGGAAUACACCCCAUGACUGAGGUGUGUGGCUGGAGAGAAAGCAAGCAGUGGUGCUGCCUACUGCAAGCAACUUUAACCACAAGGACACAAACUAUAGAGAAUGUGUAACCCAGCAAACGUUCCUUCCCACCAGGAUGCUAUAGGGAGGGGUGCAGUAUGCAACCUGGAAUUGAGGAUGAUGUAAAAUUGGCACUUUAUGUACAGCAUGCCAGGCUCUUUCCUUGAUACCUCCUCACGUCUACAGUGCAAAACUGAGCUCUGUGGCAAGGUGGCCUAAAAAAGCCUUUUUCUUCAUUGGCAAGUUUCUAGGCCACACCACUGAGAGAGAGAGAGAGAGUUUGAACUACAGUGCUUGUCCCCAUGAUAUUAAAUUUCAGGGUCAGGAAGGCAUUUAAGCAGGGAGCUCCAGCCAAAGCUUUUCUUCCUUUCAUAAUGUAUUAUUUAAUGUGUCAAUAGCCACUUGAGAAUAGUCUGACAAGCUGAGUGGCUCUACAACGGAAGGUCAGGUGCCAUUCGGAUACCUGUAUGAAAUGGUUUACUGACAGUGAUACAAAAUUAUCAGUCAGGAGUGGAAGGCAGAGCUGGAGGAAUUAGCUCAGCUGUAAGAGCAAAAUCAUUUUUUAUACUGGUUACUCCAUGAUUGCAAAUGCCUGAUAUUGGGAUUUUUCAGGAAAUGAAUCAUAGGUUAACACCUGAUCGAUGAUUUUGUACUUUGGACACACAUUGCUGGUUUUGCACAAUUCUCUAAACACUAAAUUGUAUUUUUACUUGCUGUUUUAAAACUGCAAUUUUAAACAACACAUUUAGCAAACAACGUUUGUUGUGUGGGAAUGAAUAGCAGAUGUUUGUGAAAAUAAAGAAAGCUGCUGUGGCCAUUAAGCUUUCAAUUCCUGGUCAACUAAUCAGUGAUGUCCAGUGGAACUUCAUGACAUUGUCAUUGUGCUUUACAGGAUUGUUACAAAAAUCUCUUAUGUUUUAAUAUAUGAAUUUAAAAGUAUAUAAAGUUAACAACUUUGUUAGUCACUUGGCAUUCAAAUAAACCAUUUACACAUCAACAGUUUAAAGUGUGCAAAAAUAGGUGAAAAAUACAUUGUUUUUCUGCUAUAGAAAGUUCUCUACUAUUUAGUCAAUGCAACUGUUAAUAGGAGUUGGCCAGAUUGUAUUGUGCUGACUAGUAUUGUAAGGUUAUUCUGUACAUUCACAUCUUUACUGUAGGCAAAAGCUACUUGUACAUACAGUUUUACCCAGUUAUGCUAUAGGGAGGGGUUUUACCCACUUGUAAAACUAUAUAAAAGAACUUUGUCUCUGAGGCUCAAAGAUAUUAACAUUUUUGGUUCCUCAGAUGUUGAGGUAGCCUGAACAAAGUCUAUUACCAUCAAAGGUUGAGCUUGCAGUUAAUCAGUAAAUGAGUAAGGGGAAUGACUGGAAAGACCCUUCUCAAACUUAACGUGAUUUUGCUGUUAAGAAAUUGCUAUUUAAGAUAGGGGAGAGCUUUUUCAAUAAGAGACUUGUCCCUUAAGAAGAGUAAAGAACGCGAGAACAGAAAUAGCAUGGAAAAUAGAUGCCGGUGUAGCAACAGUAACACUAAAUUCAUACUAAUUGUUGCAUUUUGACUUUCAUGAGAUUAAGCUUCAGUCUAAUUCACAAGUGCUCUGGAGCUGCAGCGAAGGAGCAUUUCAUGCAAUUUAUGGGGAAACGAAGGGGGGUAGGAAAGAAGUAUGUGUGUACAUGUACUGUGAUGGCUUUAACCGUCCUUGUAUCUCCCAGAAUCCAGGCCAGUUUCUGGGUCAGAGCAGUGUUAGAGGGAAAACGAAGGACCAGUAAGGGGAAGGGCUGGCUUUGCUCAAGACUCAGCAGUGCAGCUUGCCUGGAAUUCAAGGGCAGCUGCAAGUGCCCAGCACCAUUAAAAAUCAGGCCGUGUUCACUUAGGACAGAGGUUCUCAAACGUUUGUACUGGUGACCCCCAGCUUUCACACAGCAAGCCUCAGAGUGCGACCCCUGUAAUGAGUUAAAAACACUUUUUUAUAUAUUUAACAUUAUUAUAAAUGCUGAUGGCAAAGCAGGGUUUGGGGUGGAGGCUGACAGCUUGUGACACCCCCCCCCAGUUAAUAACCUUGCAAUCCCUUGAGGGGUCCCAACCCCCCGUUUGAGAACCCCUGACUUAAGUGUCUGACUGGACUUGGGAGUCUGACUCUAGGCCCCGUUCUUCAACCUUGGGGGCUAGUCUCUGCAAACUGUUUGGUUUUUUUAAUCUUCCCUUUUAAAAUGACUAAAGGGCACGAGCUGGGCUGGGUGUUUGCUCCAGCACUUACAUUUCAAUGCUGGGAGAAAGCCCUGCGGUUUGUUUCUGAGUCGGUUCCUUCUGUACUCCCUGGGCCAGCAGAGGCUGAGCAUGCUCAAGAAGCAGCAUGGUCUGGUCUUUGCAUAGCAGUUUUCUCCCUGUUGCUGCCAUCUGUCCAGUUUCCCCAGUGCUAGUCACAGGGGCGGUGUUGCCAUAGACGAGGGGUGGCUGGCUGCUGGUGUUCUUAUGCACCAGGUCCCGUAGCCCCUGCAGUGAGAGGGGUUAGACAAUGUGGUGCUUAAAACACCUGUAGGUGCCAGGAGCCAUUGCUAUGGGAAAUGUUUAGCAGAAACAAGGCAGAUGGCAGGUACCCCACCAGCGUUCACCAGAUGGAAAAAUGAGGUGGAUCAGCCACAGCAGGAGUCCCAGGUUGGCCCUGGCCAGAAUCAGGGAGGUGGGAGGGAGUGUCACACUGCACAGCCAUGAGGCCGGGUACUAAGGGGACAAUAAAAGAAGGGUGUAGGGGAGAUGUUAAAUUUCAGCAGCAUCUUUCAAGUGAGCCUGUGUGACUACAGAAGCUGGACACUUAGUGAAGGGCAAGAUUUGGUGAUACAGUAAAAGGAAUUAAAAUGAAUCUAUCAAAUUGUCUGGGACCUAUUACAGUGUGUGGGGUUGCCAGAUGUCUGGUGCUGGACCAGAAGGCCCCGUUGUAAAGGGACCUCUGUGCUGCCGCAGCCGCCAAUUCUGUGUGGCUUCCAGAAGCGGCUGGCAUAUCCCUCCGGCUCCUAUGUGCAAGGGCAGCCGGCGAGCUCCACGCUCUGCUCCUGCCCCGAGCGUCAGUUCCAUAGCUCUCAGUGGCAGGGAGAGCUGCAGGGGCAGCACGCAGAAGCCCCCAGCCCCCUCUGCACCUAGGAGCCAGAGGGACAUGUCGCCGCUUCUGGGAGACUCCUGACAUAAGCAGUGCACCCUGAACCCCCACAAUCCCCUGCUCCAGCCCUGGGCCCCCUCCACACAUGAGGUCUCUGGCAUAACAGAGCUAUAUGUGUUCGUGUUUGUAGACGUGGACUCUGUUGUGAAACGAGGCCUAGUGACUAAAUUUUGGACCAGAGUUGCAAAGAGACUUGGGCGUUGCCUGUUGAACAGUGCGAGGGUAAUUUUUAAGCACCUAGAAAAAUCACUGAGCAUCACAAGGGCUGGUUUGAAGCCUUGGCUCCCUAUUACAAUGACUGGGAAGCGAGAGGCACCUAGGAGUGGAUUCCACAAAAGCCAGCGCAUGGAGCAGGGAAGCUGCUGAGGUGUGUCAAUGGGAGAGGGCAAAGAGAAGGGUACCAAAGACCCCCCACCCCUCUAAAGGAGGUCAGUGCGUAAAUCUGGGUGGCAAUGACAUGUCUAGCGCUGUGUGGAAGUCACAGGUGCAAACCCUCGCCUACAGGUAGCGAAGCUGCUGCUGUCCCCCCUGCCUGCAGCCCAGUGGUUAGUGCCCUCACCCAGGCUGUGGGAAACCCACAUUCCCCAGGGUUAAUUUCCCCCCUCUGCAUGGUAGGGGGAAAGGAGUUGAAGAUGGGUUUUCCACCUCUCUAGGGAGCGUUCUACCCCUCAGCUAUGGGACACGCUCAGGUGGGUUUCCCACAGUCUAGCUUGUUAAAGCCUGGUCCACUUGGGCUUAAAAAGGCAUUGCCCACUGAACACGAGUGCUUGAGAUGGUUGCCUUGGGUGCCUUCCCCCCCAACUCUGAGUGGCGGGGGAGAGCCAAGAGCUCCCCUCUGCCAACGACUCUAAAUAGUAUCCAGCAUGGACAAGCAAACCAAAGCCCCUUCCGCCAUCCCAUAGCUCAGUGUCAGACUGCGCCCCCUGCUCCAAGCCUUUCUCCCCCUCCACUUGAAGCUGGGGUGCCCAUCUUAGGUGAGGGUGCUAAGCACUGAGCUAUAAAAUGGGGGCCAGCACCACUACGGCCUCUGGCCAGGGAGCCAUUCUCCUGGGUGCCCUACGAGACCGGGUCUGGCCAGUGAGAUGGGUGAGGGGAUGCCUCACUUCCCCUGGGGCACAGGCAUCCAGCCCCCCCCAGUAAGGCACCAGCAC